ACAAACCCCUCUAUUCUCCUCACUCGACGUUGAGAAUUCCUACAAACAUGGCUGCAAUUUCUCAACAAAGGGUCAAAAUCUGUUUGGUCUUAUUAUGUCUUGUUUCAGCUUCAGCUUAUUCAACAUCUUCGUCAACAACUAGUUCUGGCACUUUAUCUAUUUCUCUGCUAAACCCCCUUUUUUAUGCUAUCAAGUGUCCCCAAGCUCUCGACACCAUUAAGAAACUAGUAAUGAAUGCUUUGGCAAAUGACCCUCGCAUGGGUGCUUCCUUGCUCCGUCUUCAUUUCCAUGAUUGCUUUGUCCAAGGAUGUGACGCAUCGGUUUUGUUAGCGGACACAGGAACUUUCAGAGGCGAACAAAGUGCCUUACCUAAUGUGAAUUCUCUAAGGGGUUUUGAAGUCGUAGAGAAAAUAAAAUAUGCACUAGAGCAUGAAUGCCCCGGUGUUGUAUCUUGCGCUGACAUUUUAGCAGUUGCUGCAAGGGAUUCUGUUGUUGCUCUUGGUGGACCUGGAUGGCCUGUUAGCUUGGGCAGAAGAGACUCAACCACUGCAAGUUUCAGUGGAGCCAACACUGAUCUACCAUCUCCCUUUCUCAAUCUUGAUGGUCUUAUCGCUGCCUUCCAAAAGAAGCUUUUCACAGCAAAUGAAAUGGUGGCUUUAUCAGGUGCUCACACAAUUGGAAGAGCCAGAUGUUUACUAUUCCGAUCAAGGAUUUAUAACGAGACCGAUAUAGACUCAACUUAUGCAAACCAAAUGAGAACUUAUUGUCCCAAGGCUGGUGGUGAUAGCAACUUGUCUCCCAUAGACAUCACCACCAAAGAUGUUUUCGACGGUGCUUACUACACAAAUUUAAUUAACAAAAAGGGUCUUUUCCACUCUGAUCAACAACUCUUCAGUGGCGGUUCCACGGCCACCCAGGUCAAAUCUUACAGCACUUUCCCGUCACUCUUUAAAUUCGAUUUCGCUAACGCCAUGCUCAAGAUGAGCAACCUUAGCCCACUCACCGGCACGCAGGGUCAGAUCAGAAAAGUGUGCAGCAGAGUGAAUUGAGUUCAGUUCUUUGAUUUUAACUGUAUGUGCUAAUUCAUAAUGUGCAGGCAUUUCCUGAUGAAAUCUUUCUUUCGUUUGUUUGUUAA